AUGCGUACACAAGAAAAUCCCACAUUUGUAGAGUCUGAUUAUGAAGAGGGAGACAGUUGGCAAGCCAAGCUUCUUGCAGACGCCGACAGCGAUUCAGAUUCGUCGCAGAAUCAGCCUGACGAGGGUAUUCAACCUUUCGUGUUGUCUCCGGAUAUAACAACUCAAGUCAACCCAUCACCAAGCAAACUCAACACUGUUGCUCCUAGAAUCAUACCAUCCAAGACACCAUGGCAUUUAUCUGGAAGCUUGUUUGCGCUUCGGAGCGCUACAUUCGAAACCUUUCCGGAGACUCUGUGCAAAGUUCCAACAUUAUCCCGCUAUUUUCCUCAUUGCACUCAGGAAUUUCGCGAGCCACUAGCAGGGAAACCAGUUAUCACACCCGACUUUAUCACACUCUCUCGGUUGCAAUCUAGGCUAGAAUAUGUAAUGGAAGAUAGCGCAAGUAGCUCUCUGGUUGCGAUUGACAUCAAAGACUCGGAGAUGGCGUUGCGAGACCUUGUCACUCGGGUUAAAGUUAGCUCACUUAGUAGCAAGGAAAUUCUAGGGCGUAAUCUUGAGCUCUUUGUUGAAGACGCCAGAGUCACCAGCGGAAAUCUGCAACAGUUUGGUAGCCGUGUGUGGGGCGCGGUCGAUCGAAUUGUGUCGUUGAACGAGCACACGCUUGUUACACUUGAGGUCGCCUCGCUCGAGGCCCCAGGAGGAUCUUUAGACAGUAUUAUUAACUUUUUUGCACCUGCUGAGCACAAUUCGGUUACAACUCGCAGAGAAAUCAUGGAGGACCUCUGGCUCCAAGCAAUUGAAGUAAUGGACAAAACACUUCGCAAACUGAUCCACGAAGCACAGGACAACGUCGGUUCAUUGCAACGAUUAAAGGAAAAACUCGACAACAUUCAGGACAUGGCUAUCCGGGAAGAGGAUCAAAUUCGGGCCGAGGAGGAAAAAACAAAGCGCGAUGCGCGAUGGUCAACGCGGUUUAAAUCAAAAGAUCAAGGGAAACAACAAAAUCCCAGUGCCAGCCUCGAGCUCCUUCAGACGAUUCAAGACGACCGCAAGCGCGCCCUAAAUCAUGUGGCGGAUGUGUUAUUCAAGCUCGAGCAAAUGUCCCAAGACUUGCAUAAUUUGAGGGAAGGAGUGGCAACCCCGUUAAUAAUAGCCGGCUCCGCCCAAGUUCCUAUCGAGUCACACAUCAAACAUAUACGAAGCGGAACGGAUCGACUAAUGAAUGGGCAAACUCGCAUGAGGGGAAUCGAAGACGAAUAUCGCCGGAAGAAAUUCUCUUCUGACUAG